CUCCUUGUUGUGUGAUUUCUUCUAAGGGAGUUUUGCAUUCAUCUAAUUAAUAUAAAGAAAAUGGCUCGUACGACUUUGUUUGGUUGUAUUAUUGUUGCCAUGGUGGCAAGCAUAUUCUCCAUGGCUUUAGCUACCCCUGGAACAGCCACAUUUUACACAAGCUAUACUCCUUCGGCUUGCUACGGCAACACACCGGAAGGUGUAUGGAUCGCCGCCGCCAGUGAUCCGCUAUGGAAUGGCGGGAAAAUUUGCGGAACAAUGUACAAAGUUACAUGCACCGGGCCAACGAACCCGUAUCCCAAAUCUUGCAUUAACGGCACUAGCGUGACGGUCAAAAUCGUUGACCAUUGUCCCGGCUGUGGAGGAACCCUUGAUCUUUCUAAGGAAGCCUUUCAAACUAUUGCCGAUCCGGUUCAUGGGGUUGUCAAAAUUGAUUAUACUCAGGUAUGAAUGGCUUUCAACUGGGAAGAAUUAUCUUGCCCUGGAGUUAAAACCUGAAUUCCUGUCACAGCCCACAAGUAGUCUCAUAAUAAACUUAGUUACUAUGUAUUUUUUGAAAUAAUAUUCAUGACGUAAUCAUUUGAAUGAAAUAAAAUUAUUCCAUAUUUUCAUAAUAUGAACUAAUCAAGAUAUAUUGCG